AUGUCCAAUCGGAGCCGGGCUCGGCCGGUGCCCCCUGUUUGCCAGUGGAUCCUUGUGGCGGCCUGGCAUCGACCCCCAGGAGGUACGCGGGGCAACACCGGGGCGGUAAGGCUGAGCCUCAGCGCCAGUAAGCCUGCUCAGGUAGAAUGCAAGAAGGCUCAGCCGAAGGAGGUGAUGUUUCCGCCUGGGACGCGGGGUCGUGCCAGAGGCCUACCCUACACCAUGGACGCCUUCAUGCUGGGGAUGGGCAUGCUGAGUUACCCGAACAUCGUCGCCACUUAUGGACGUGGAUACACUGGAUUCGCCCCAAGCUAUAGCUAUCAAUUCCCGGGCUUCCCGGCGACGGCGUACGGCCCUGUGGCGGCAGCAGCGGUGGCAGCAGCACGCGGCUCAGGGUUCCCCGAUUACGGUUUCUAUUCCACGCCCAGUGACCACCGGGGGCCCCCUGCUCCUUUGCGGACUAUGGCUCCCUGGGCCCCCAGGCUGCUCAGAUGCUGCAAAGUGAGCAUGCCACAUCCGCCUGCAACUCCCCCCUCCAGCACCUGCACAGCCCGGAUCAGUUUAAGAGCCCAGGUUUGUACCAGCCUCUGCCUCCAUCGGUUUCACUCCAUUUCGGUUCAUUGA